CGGUGCAGAGUGGCUCCUGGCCUGGGCUCGAUGGCGGCGCCGGUUGUUGGAGGAUUGACGGGGAAGUUUUUCGUUUGUGUGGCGGUGUUUGCAUGGCUCGCGCACGGUUUCCUCGGCAUGGAUGCAGAUAACGUCUCUGUGUCAGUGGUGGAGGGAGAUUCAGUGACUCUACUCACCAAUGUUAACAUUAGCCAACAAGAGAGAAUGAAGUGGUAUAUGAAUGACAUUCGCAUUGCUCAAAUCAUUGACAGUCAGAGAAAGAUCUGUACAGAUGUUCAGUGUGAAGAGAGAUUCAGAGGCAGACUGCAGUUGGAUCAUCGGACUGGAUCUCUGACCAUCACAGACAUCAGAACCACAGACUCUGGACUUUAUCAACUACUGAUCAUCAGCAGCAGCAGCAUUGAAGAGGAAUUCAAUGUGUCUGUCCAUGGUGUUUCUGCUGAUGAGCGAAAUCAAACGAAGAGAACGUCAGUGAAGGAGGGAGGAUCUGUCACUUUAGAUCCUGGAGUAAUAAAAAACCCAAAUGAUGUGAUGAUGUGGUAUUUUAUUGGCACUCUUAGGAAUGAAAUCGAUGGAGAUCCCAUUAAGAUCUGUGAAGAUGUUCAGUGUGAUGAGAGAUUCAGAGACAGACUGAAGCUGGAUCAUCAGACUGGAUCUCUGACCAUCACAGACACCAGAACCACAGACUCUGGACUUUAUCAACUAGAGAUCAGCAGCCAUCAAUGUCAUGGUCGCUGCACUGUCACCAGUAUGGAGAACUUUCAUGUUGAGGUCAUUGGUUCAGGUCGGUCUUCGGUUGUUAGAGGAGGAAUAAUUGGUAGUGUUCUGAUGGCAGCUGUAGCUGCUGUUGGUUUGAUUUGCUAUCGCUUUUGGAUCUACAGAAAUGACAUGGAGAAAAACAUGAAGGGAUGGCUUUUGGAUGAAAACCAUGUAUGAGGACAAGAAAGAUGGAGGUCCCAUUUAAUUAAAUUGCCAAAACAUGUUUCUGCUUUUAUAAACCAGAAUGGGGAAAUGGGGCUUGUGUUUUUGAGCUGUAAAACUAUGAAAAAAUAUAAUAUAUUUUGUUAAUUUAUAAGGAAAUGUAUGUAUAUAUAAUCCAGGAUACUCAGCGGUCACCUUACCUGUUACUAUUAUGAUGUUUGCUUAUGAACCAGAACUUGAGUGUAUCACAGGGAUUGUCUUUAAUUGCAUUUGUGUAACACACCAAACACUGUUGGAUGUUGCUAGAAUUAUCUGUAUUGAUUUAACAUCAGAACAUGGAGACAUUUUUCAGCUGAUCUUCCCUAUGCAUAUACGUAUAUAUGUGUGUGUGUACGUAUAUAGAUGUUGCUGGAAUUAUCUGUACUGUUAAAGAACUUUAAGUUCUUGUUUAUGUAUAUAAUGUAUUUUAUUUUCUGAGAUGAACAACACUACCGAUCUUGAUCGUGAUGAUGAUAAUGUCAUCAUAAAAGACAUUAAGUACCUAGUCUUAUAUAGUUUUCUUUUUUCCUAUUAUCAUGCACCUUUUUUGUUUCUUCAAAACAAUGUUUGUGUUAAUCAGCUCAGAGAAUUUUGAAAUCCUGCCAGAAAAACACUUUCAGAGCCCGCUAACUAAUUAAAAAGUGGUAAUCACUUUUGUAUUGAAUUUGAAUGUUUCAAAUGUUUGCAUUAUGAGCAUAUACUUUUUACUAAUAUAUUUGUUUAUUUUGAUGACAAUGUGAACGGAUGUAACACAUUUUGUGUUGAUUUUAAAUAAACUGUUUACAUAUACAUUAUCAUUAUUUGUCAAUUAUAUUGACAUCAAAAAGAUUA